CACAGCGACGUGUGACGUCACACAUCACCGCCCCGUGAUGCCUUUCGGGAAAUAGCGCCGCCAUCUUGAGUGGCAUGGCCCAGCUAGACAGUGCGCCCUGAGCGGAGACAUGCAAUUUAUCGUGAAAACAUUGAACGUCUCAAGAAUCACGGAUUCCUGUGAAACAUAGCAAAUUUUUGGUGCUUUGCACCUCUAUUAGGAUGGAGGCGGUUAAGGCAUUUAACGCGGAGCUAUCAGCUCUGUACGAUGUCAAACCGCCAAUUUCCAAAGCUAAAAUGAACUCUUUAACUAGGGGUGCAAUUAAGGCAAUCAAAUUCUACAAACAUGUUGUGCAAAGUGUUGAGAAAUUCAUUCAAAAGUGUAAACCAGAGUACAAAGUGCCUGGAUUGUACGUUAUAGAUUCAAUUGUACGCCAAUCCAGACAUCAGUUUGGAGUGGAGAAAGAUGUUUUUGCUCCACGUUUUGCCAAAAACAUGCAAACCACCUUCUUAAAUCUUUUAAAGUGUCCUCAGGAGGAUAAAAGCAAAGUGAUAAGGGUUUUAAAUCUUUGGCAAAAGAAUGCAGUUUUUCCUUCUGAGGUUAUACAACCUCUGUUUGAUCUUGCAGACCCAAAUCAUCCAAUACAUAAGGAGCAGGCAGUUAAUUCUAAUGGUACACUAAAUGUUCCUUCAACGAAUAACGCAAGUAAUACUGCAAGUGCUGUAAAAACUCCGCCUUUAAGUGCAAAGAAUGCAGUGAAAGAUCAAAAGUUAUUUUCUUCUGCAAAGCCAAUCGAUCCUGCUUGGCUUGCACAAACAAAAAUGGAAACAGCGAAUAUAGUUAACGCCAAUAAACUUUUAGGGCAAUCGAAUUCAACUCAAGUGGAUGCUUCUUUUCUCGACCAACUACAACAUUUACAGCAAUUAUUAUUAAAAAAACAGGAAUCAGCGAGUGAACAGAAGAGUUCUGUAAAAUUUGAUAAGAAACUUUUAGAUUUUGAUUAUGGCGAGGAAGAAGACGAUGAUGUUGUUGUUGCUAAUUCACCAACAACAACAACAUCUAAUACUGGUCAACAUAAUGCAGUCUCUGCUGGAAAUAGUUUGGAGAGUCUUGGACUUCUUUUAACAAAUCCAGAGGUUUUAAGACAACUUCAAACGUUGCAACAAACAAUGCAAGGAAGUGCUUCUUCGUCGCAACAUGAAAUGGAAGAGAAAAUGCGAAAAUUGCAGCAAAUGAAGCAGCAAGAAGAGGAAUUUGAUAAGCACUUAGCUCAAACUGUUCCUAAUUUACCAUUUGCAUCAGAAUGCGAAUUAAAACCUUCAGACAUUUUAAAACCAAAUCAACAAAACGCGUAUAUAACAAAUGUAAGUAGCGGAGUGAUUCAAGACAUGAGUCAACCGCCUCCUGGUUAUCCACCGGCUCUACCGUAUGUCUCUCAACCUUUGUCAAAUAUUAGGCAGAUCAAUCAGCAGAUGCAUCAAAAUCAAAAAAGUCCGCUUCUCGAUGAACGAACAGAUACACAAGAUUACUCUGGAAAUGGUGCAAGACGAGAUAGUAGCAGCGUAGAAAUUGUAAAUUGUGAUAAUACAAGGUCACAAAGUAGAUCGCCUGAUCGGUACAGACAUCAUAGUCGAUCUAGAUCACCUCGGCAUAGAGACAGAGACAGAGAUAGGGACCGGGAUCGGGAUCGGGACAGGGAUAGAAAAUCUCGGUCAAGAAGUAGAUCCAGAAGAAGAAGGUCUCGUUCGCGAGAUAGGGGACGUGAGAGAAAACGCGAAGAUAGCCGAGAAAAAAUGACUGAGGAGGAACGAGAAAAAGAAAGAGAAAGACGUAAAAGAGGAUUACCUCCAAUUAUGAGAGACAAAUUAAGCGUUUGUAGUACUACACUUUGGGUAGGUCAUUUAUCCAAGUUGGUACACCAAGAAGAGCUUUCGGAUACUUUUGGAGAAUUUGGCGAUAUUGUCAGUAUAGAUCUGAUUUCACCUAGAGGUUGUGCAUUCAUAUGCAUGAAUAGAAGACAAGAUGCAUAUAGAGCUCUUACUAAACUUAAAAAUCAUAAAAUGCAAGGAAAAGCAAUUACUUUAGCCUGGGCACCAGGAAAAGGAGUAAAGGGGAAAGAAUGGAAAGAUUAUUGGGAAGUUGAAUUAGGAGUUAGUUAUAUUCCUUGGAAUAAAUUACUUAACGUUACUGAUCAGGAUUUAGAAUUACUUGAAGAAGGAGGUAUGAUUGAUGAGGAUACGCUGCCACCUAAUUUAAAAGGUAAAUUAAAGCAUUCCGGGACAAAUGCAGACGUGCUUCAGCAACAGUUGCAGUUACAGCAGCAAGCUUUAGUUGCAGCUGCUGCACUUCCGAGUUUGACAGACGGUAUCGUGAACGUAAUGCAACCUUCGACUAGUACUCAACAACAACAAUCUCAGCAACAAAAUCAACAGCAAGGUCAACAGCAGCAACAAGUUAUUGAUACAAGUCAACCACCGCCAAUUAGACCCCCUACAUCCGCUGCACUUUUACCACCACCAAAUACACAGUUACAAAUGAUGCCACCUGCUUUCACGAUGCCAGGAGUUCCUCGGAUGAUUGGACCAAUGGGAUUACCAAUGGCACACAGUUUAAUGCCCAACGUUCCAAUAGGCGUGCCUCCACCAAAUAUGCAAAGUUUAUUAGGCCCUCCAGGAAUGAUGCAGACUAUGUUAACACCUCCAGUUAAUUCUCCGUUUGGUGCAAGUGUUGGUGUUGGGUUAUUAACGCAAAUUCCUUUACCUGCACCAGCUGCGCCUUCCGAUAAACCUAAUUCUACUGGUAUGCCACAUAAUGUUCCUCCAAUAGGAGUUCCCCCACCGACGACGGAAACAGGAAUGCCAAAUCUGCCAAUGUUACGUCAACCUUAUGGUGUAGGACCUUCUGCUUCUUUACAAAUGCAACUACCUCAGCAACAACAUUCUGCAGACGAUAUGGAUGUAGAAAUGGAGGACGCGAUGCCACAGACAUCAAAUGGAGCCAAAAAUAAGAACAAUUUAACCGAGCAACAAUUGUCACAAAAUGAAGAGAGAACAGAGUCUGAUCAAUUAGAGCAACAGCAUCGAGACUACAAAGAAAGAGAAAGAGAGCGUGAAAACAGAGAAAGAAGAGACAGAGAAACGCACUUGUCUCAUAGAGAUAGAGAAAAUGAUUCAAGAAUGGAUCGUGGGAGAGAAAGGGGCAGAGGAAGAGACAGAGGACGUGAUCGCAGAAGAGAUCUCAGAGAUAGAGACAGAGAUGACAGAAGAGAAAGAGAGAACAGAGAAAAUCGAGAAGGAAAUUCUCAAACUCAAAAUCUAAAUCUUCAGGAAAAUGAAUCUACUCCAAAAAAAGAUGGUAAACCGAGCUUAGCCGAACGUCUGCGUCAGUUGGCCGAUGGCACACUUCCAUUAGAAGAUCGGGUCGACCGAAUGAUUCCCCGCAAUCGACCAGAUCGGGAUAGAUCUGAUAGAAAUUUCGAAGAUACUCGGUCGGCGCGCGGAGAGCCUCUUUCUUCUCUGAUGGAUUUACCAAAGUUUGGUUUACCGCAAGAGAGAGCUGAUUUCUCGGCUCGGCCUUCAGAUUUCCGUAAUCCUCAAGAUCCAAGAGAGUUUCAGCAACAAAGAGAUAGGCCAAAUUUUGGCAGAGGUCAUAGAGGAUCACAGAUUCACGAAGAAUAUAUUGAUGUACCGAGGCUACAAGGAGGAAUAUAUCAAGAAGAAUUUGAUAAUAGGAUACAUGGGCAACAGAGAGUGGAAGAGUUUGCUAGGCUUGGACCACCCAGGGAACAGAGGGAGGAAUUUGACAGGUCUGAAAUACGAGGAAGAAGGCCAUUGGAUGAUCGAGAUCGUUUCGAGUUUGAGAUCAGAAGAGAUGGCUUUGAUCCACGAUUGCCAGAAGGUUUCGAUCCAAGGGGACACCUUGAUCGGAGUGAUUUUGAACCUAGAAGACGAGAAUUCUUUGGAAUUGAUCCUAUCUUUGGGAUGCCACCUAUAAUGGGACCCAGAGGUCCAAGACCUGGACAUCCUGAUGGAUUUGGACCACGUCCAGCUCCUCUAGGAGCUCGUGGUCCAGGUCCUCUAAUGUUUCAUCCACGAGGUUUAGGACCUCGUCCUCUGCGACCUGGCAUGAGACCUUUCGGCCCUCGUGGACCACCUUUUGAUCCACGAGAACCGGACGCCUUUUUCAGACCUCCUUUCGAUGAUAUUCGUCCUCAUAUCAGACCACCAUUUGGCCCUAUGGGUCCACCUUCGAUCGUUCCUCCAGAAACUGCCGCUCCUUGGAGGAAUCAAGAACUCCCGCCUUCUACUUGGUCUUCUGAUUCCGAGAAUCAUUCGCAAAGAGAUAAAAAAGGUGGUAAACAUUUGAACAACCAAAAUGCGGAUAGAGAAAAUCGAAACCGAGGGCGUAAAUCCAGAUGGACUAACGUGAGCCCAUCUGGAGAAGAAACAGAGGAAACGAAGGAACAAGAAUCAACUUCCUUAAAAGAGGAGCUACAAAAAGAAGAACCUGUUAAUGAAGGAGAAAUGGUUGCAAAAGAAGAAGAAGAAGAGGAGGAAGAGGAAGAGGAGGAGGAGGAGGAGGAGGAGGAGGAGGAGGAAGAAGAAGAAGUUGUGAAAGAAGAAAUGAUUAAAGAUGAAGUUAAAGAUAUUAAAGCAGAAGAAGUUAUUCCCACUGAGAACCAGCAACAAGAUUUGGAGGAAACGGUUGAAGAAAAGAAAGAAAGCGAGGAUAUAAAGAAGGAAGAGGAGGAUCGCAGGGAUUCUUAGACCAAAGCACGUUACAUCUUGGAAUGACUAACGGAUCUGUUGCGUGAUUUGUCCUCAAUUCUAUGUAUUUAUUGUAAACAUGAGCAUUUUAAUAAAAUUGCGAUAUAAAUGUACAUUAACAAAAUGGAUGUCAUGUUAAAUUGAGCUUAAUUUUUUUGUAUAUAUUUCAAUUCUUUUGUUAAUUGUAACAAUUAGAAUUUCUUGUAAUGUUCCAGUUACUUAAAUUUCUAGUUUAUGUAAAAAUAUUCUGUUUUGAGUGGUUUUAAAAUCUUACAUUUUACAAAUUGUACAUUUUUAUUAAUUAUCAACAUUUUUAUAAGUAUAGUAUAUAAUACAAUAUUAAACGUUAAUAGCUUCUUAAAAAUUCUAAAUCUAAGUGAAGAUCAUAUAAUUCUAGUUCAAUUAAACUUUAAUAGAAUUUAUA